AUGGAAAAAAUUAAAAAACAAGCCCAAGAACUGAUUUUAUUAACAUCUACAACAUUAGAACAAAAAAGUACAUUAAAAGUGGAGUAUGAAAGAGAAUUUGAAGAAAUAAAAAAUGAACAAAAGAGACUUCUUAAAGAAUUAGAAAUUAUAUUUGAAUUGAAGAAAAAAGCACAAGAAAUAAAACAGUUAAAUGAACAAAUUGGAAUUAAAGUCCAACAAGAUAUUGAAAUAAAACAACAAAGAGUAAUUGAAAUUACUCAAAUAUAUUCAAAUAAACAAUUAGAAUAUAAAGAUCUUUUAGUAGAUAUUAACAAAAUUCAAGAUGAAUUGAAAAUACAAUAUUCAAUUCUUCAAAGUCUAAAUGAAAAAGAAGAAAAUAUUAUUCAAGAUGAAACAAAGACAAAUACUUCUUUUUUUUAUAGCCAUGAAGAAGUUAAACAAAUGACUAAAUUGAAUGACAUUAUUAAUAAAGAUAAAACACAAGAAAUUCAUGUAUUAAAAGAAACGUUUGGUGAACAAAUGCUUUAUAAAGGUUUAGGGUAUUAUAAUGAUAAAGCAGCAUUAUUAGAAAAAACAGGUGUAGUUCCAUACAUUAAAUCAGGUAGCCAUUUUAUUGCAGUAGUAACACGAAUACCUGCUAAAAUACCUUUCAUAAAAAAAAUUGCUAAACCAAUUUACAAUGGAGCAAAGAGCUUAGAAACAGGUGUAUUUACUAUUGAAAAUAGAGAGUUUGUAAAUGAAUGGGUUAUGAGAUAUUCUGAAAUGUUUGAUUCUGCUGUUGAACAAAAUGGGAUGAUACAAACCUUAGCAAGCACAAUCAAAAAUAGUACUAUUCGAGUUUGUGAAGAUAUUGUUUUCCCUACUUUUAUUCCUUUCUAUGACUAUUUUCAUGAAUAA